AUGGCCAGGUACCAGCGCUGGCAGCGGGGCUGCCUGGGUGCCACCCUGCUGGUGCUGCUGUGGGGCAGUGCGUCCCGCGCCCAGAGGGACUGCACGGGCGCCGAGUGCCAGCCCCUGGACAACUGCAUCGAGGAGGUGCUGGAGCCGGGCGCCUGCUGCGCCACCUGCCUGCAGCAGGGCUGCCCCUGCGAGGGCUACCAGUACUACGACUGCGUCAACGUCGGCUUCCUCAACGGCAAGGUGCCCGAGGGGCAGUCCUACUUCGUGGACUUCGGCAGCACCGAGUGCUCCUGCCCCAAGGGGGGGGGCAAGAUCAGCUGCCAGUUCAUGCUGUGCCCCGAGCUGCCCCCCAACUGCAUUGACGCGGUGGUGCCCGCCGACGGCUGCCCGCAGUGCGGCAGGAUCGGCUGCCUGCACGAGGGCCAGAAGUACGUGGCGGGGCACACCUUCCACAUGCCCCCCUGCAAGGUCUGCCACUGCCCCAACGCCGGCGGGGAGCUGAUGUGCUACCAGCUGCCGGACUGCGACUCCUUCGCCCUGAACACCGCCAGCCCGCUGGACGCCGAGGACGGCGAACCGGAGAGGCACUACGACGAUCCCUACAGCUACGACCAGGAGGCGCCCGAGGCAGACAGCACCCAGGUGGAAUCUCCAAAGAAAUACAGGAGUUACUCAUCCCACCUGGAGCAGGAGAGCCUCAGCCAAGAGCAGGGUGAGGACUAUGACUACCUGCCCGCCAGCGUGGCUCCCUCGGCGCUGGCUCCGGCCGAUGGGGGCACGCAGGAGCCAUCCACCCCAGGCACCACGCUCAUGCCCAGGGUGCCCUCUGAGGGCCACAGUGCCACGGACAGAAGCCAGCAGAGGAGGGUGCCCCGCACCACUGCAGCAUCCCUCCAGCAAACCACGCAUCAGGAAGCAGCAGUAACCACCGGUGCUGCGCUGGAGCACACAACGGCCACCACUGAGACACCCAGACAUCUGGAGGAACUGGAGAGGAGGCCAAAGGGGAAGCAGCGGGACAAAGAGGGGCAGGAGCAGGAAAGAGCUCCUCACUCUAAAAUGAAGAAGCAUGCCAGGAAAGAGGAGGCAGGCAACAGCCUGGAUCUGGGCAUGAAGGAGGUGAAUCUGACGGAGCCCAGCUGGGCCAAAGCUUCCCAUGCCAGCCAGGAGGGCAAUGCUCUCCCCAAGGUCAGGUUCAGUGCCACCACCUCUCCUCCCCUCGCUCUGAAGGAGGACCACAGCCAAGUGUCCCAGAAGCAGUCACAGACCCUUUACCGUUACCACCCCGAGGAGGACGGGGACCCCAACUCUAUCCACGCCAGCCCCAGGGUAUCAGGAGGUUCCACAAAGGAAUUGAUUGAGAGCUGCUGUGGAGCUGGCCAGCAGUGGGCUAUAGACAAUGGGGAGUGCAGAGAGAUCCCUGUAAGUGGAGUGGAUGGUGAUACCUGCAGAGUUGCCCAGAAGCAGUGCUGUGUGUCCACAGUGCAGGAGAGCAGCUGCCUGGCUGGCAUGGUGGCUGCCAAGGAAGGGGACACCUGCGGGCCAGAGGAGAGCGAGCCCUGCGGAGGGGCAGCCUACAAGCAAUGCUGUGACUGCUGCAGCCUGGGCCUGCGCCUGAGGAGGGAGGAGAAGACCUGUGAGUCCAGCAUCAACCUGGGCUACCCCUGCAGCCAUGUGAUGCUGUCCUGCUGUGAAGGGGGGGACCACUUCAGCCACCCAGAAAUAAAGAGACAUCCUGAGCCUCUGCCAACAGUGACACCUGAGAAGGUUUCAGAGACAGAAGAUCACAAUGAAGCUCUGUCCAUCAGCAGUGAAGCUGAGCUGUCGAAUAACCUGCCUGGAGAUGACCUGGAUGAGUGCCUGCUGUAUGGGGGGGAGCUCUGCCAGCACCUCUGUAUAAACACCGUGGGCUCCUACAAGUGCUCCUGCUUCCCAGAGUUCACUUUGCAGGAGGAUGGCAUCAGCUGCUCUCCAGAUCCUGACGGAGGAGAGGUGACAAGGCUGGAAGCAGAAGCCACCAUCCCUCCAGCAGCCUCUCCUCAGCCCAUCCUCAUCGUGUCCCUGCAAGAGGAGCAGGAUAAGUGCAAAGAUAAUGGCCCCUGCAAGCACAUCUGCAGCGUGGUGGAAGGAGAUGUUGUGUGCUCCUGCUUGGCUGGAUACACCCUCAUGGCUGAUGGGACUUCUUGUGAGGAUGUGAAUGAGUGUGUGGCAGACAGCCACAGCUGCCAGCGGAGAGAGCACUGCCUCAACACCCUGGGGUCAUUCAGGUGUGUCCAGGAGCUGAGCUGCCAGCCAGGCUUUGAGCUGAAGGAUGGAGAAUGUGUAGAUGUUGAUGAGUGCCAGAGGGGAACUCACAGCUGCAAAGUGAACUUCCUCUGUCAGAACACAGAAGGAUCCUUCUACUGUGAGUCGAAGCAGCGCUGCAUGGAUGGAUUUUUACAAGACCCCGAGGGAAACUGUGUCGAUAUUAAUGAAUGCACAUCUCUCCCUGAGCCAUGCAAGCCAGGAUUCAACUGCAUCAACACAGUGGGGUCCUACACCUGCCAAAGGAACAUGCUGACCUGCAGCAGAGGCUACCACUCCAACGAGGAGGGGACACGCUGCGUCGAUGUGGACGAGUGUCAGACUGGUGUGCACCGCUGCGGUGAGGGGCAGCUCUGCCACAACCUCCCCGGGGCUUACCGCUGCGACUGCAAGAUGGGCUACCAGUACGACGCCUUCAGCAGGAGCUGUGUUGACAUCAACGAGUGCUGGAACUACCCCGGGCGCCUGUGCCAGCACACCUGUGAGAACUCCGCCGGCUCCUACCACUGCAGCUGCUCCUCCGGCUUCCGCCUGGCCUACGACGGGAAGCACUGUGAAGAUGUGAACGAGUGCGACGCCGGUCCCUGCAGCCAGGAGUGUGCCAAUGUUUAUGGCUCCUACCAGUGCUACUGCAGGCAAGGCUUCCAGCUAGCAGAAGAUGGGCACUCCUGUAAAGACAUCGACGAGUGCACGCAGAGCGCGGGCAUCCUUUGUACCUUCCGCUGCCUCAACGUUCCUGGCAGCUACCAGUGUGCCUGUCCUGAGCAGGGCUACACCAUGGCAGCAAAUGGAAGAACCUGUCGAGAUGUUGAUGAGUGUGCCCUAGGAAGCCACAACUGCUCAGCUGCAGAGACCUGCUACAACAUCCAGGGCAGCUUCCGCUGCCUGUCCUUCGAGUGCCCCUCCAACUACAGGAAGGUCUCUGACAUGAGGUGCGAGCGGAUCGGCUGCUUCAGUUACCUGGACUGCCAGAACACGCCGGUGCGCAUCACCUACUACCAGCUCAACUUCCAGACCAACAUCGUGGUCCCGGCUCACAUCUUCCGCAUUGGGCCCUCACCUGCCUACGCCGGGGACAGCAUCGUCCUCACCAUCACCCAGGGCAACGAGGAGAGCUACUUCAGCACCCGCAGGCUCAACGCCUACACCGGCAUCGUCUACCUGCAGCGCCAGGUCAAGGAGCCCAAGGACUUCCUGCUGGACGUGGAGAUGAAACUGUGGCGCCAGGGCACCUACACCACCUUCCUGGCCAAGAUCUACAUCUUCAUCACAGCUCAUGCCUACUGA